AUGACAGAUCCUUUUGGUAAUGUUUCAGUGGAUAUUGAUUUACUUGAAAAAGAAAUAAGGUCACAAUCUGAAAGAAAUGUAACACUGGAUAAUUCUUCGUUUACAAAUACCCAAACAGCAGGGGGAUCAAGUUUUGGUGAUUCAUUUAAAUUAACAAAAGCAGAAGGAAUGGAUACACUAAAUGAAAGUGUAAAAGACUCAAUAAUGAGAGAUAUUAAUUCUAUUGUUAGUACGUUUAAACAAGUUCUUUAUCCAAAAGGGGAAACACAUGAAAUAAUGAAAAAUUGGAAUUUAUGGGCUCCCUUGUUUAUUUGUGUGGCAUUAGCAUUGUUACUCCUUGGCGAAAACAAAGGCCCUGACUUCACACAGCUUUUUAUUUUAACAUUCUUUGGAUCAUGGGUUGUUACUUGGAAUAUUAAAUUCUUAGGUGGUAAAAUAUCAUUUUUUCAAGCUAUAUGCAUAAUAGGAUAUUGUUUGGUUCCUCAAUGUGUUGCAGCUUUGACAUUUAAAAUUUUAACAGCACAGAUUAUGGGCAAAAAAUUUAUUUUCUUUUUACGUUUAUUAAUAACAUUUAUUUGUUUUAUUUGGAGUGCUCUGUUUCAUGGCUUGUUAUCUCAUAUGCCUAAUGCUUUUUAG